CUAAAGAGAGUGUGAGUGUGAGUGUGUGACCAUAGGAAGCUUGCGAAGGCGAUACGAAUACGAUACCUCCUGAGUUGAGCCUCUGUCUAAAACUCACUCUCGUUUUGAGCUCCAAGUGGCGAAGGAAAACCUCUUAGUCUCAGAUCUGAAUCCAAAACUCUUUCACACCCACAAAUCACUCUUAUUUCUAAUAAACAUUGAUUUUCAGGGGUACUACAAGUGUGCAUACUUUCAUUCUUGCCAUCACAGUUUGCGAUGUCACGUAGGCCUGUAAAUCCUACUCGGCGAGUAGUUGAUAGUGGAAGCAUUUCUUUGGGAGGGUCAUCACAAACAAAAUCACGUUCAUCGCCGCUUUUGUCAAUUGGGCUUGUGCUUUUGGGUGUGAUUGUUUUCAUUGUCUAUUCAUACAGCAGUUCAGGUUGGUCAAGAGGAGUUGAUGUUGUGAAUAAAUUUGAAGGUGGUGUGUCAUGCACGUUAGAGCUGCAGCAGGCCUUACCUAUUCUAAAGAAAGCAUACGGAGACAGCUUGCAUAAAGUAUUGCAUGUUGGCCCAGAUACGUGUUCUGUAGUUUCUAAGUUAUUAAAGGAAGAGGACACUGAAGCAUGGGGAGUGGAACCAUAUGACAUAGAUGAUGCUGAUAAUCAUUGCCAGAAACUCGUGCGGAAAGGAAUUGUACGGGUUGCUGAUAUCAAAUUUCCUCUUCCAUACCGUGCGAAAUCAUUUUCACUUGUUAUGGUGUCAGAUGCGCUGGAUUAUUUGUCUCCGAGAUACCUUAACAGAACACUUCCUGAAUUGGCAAGGGUUGCUUCUGAGGGGAUUGUUAUCUUCACUGGUUAUCCAGGACAACAGAGAGCCAAGGUUGCCGAGCUAGCCAAAUUUGGUCGUCCUGCCAAAUUGCGGAGCUCGUCUUGGUGGAUUAGAUAUUUUGUUCAGACAAGUCUGGAGGAGAACGAAGCUGCAACAAAGAAGUUUGAACAGGCUGCAGCAAAACGUUCAUACAAGCCGCCUUGUCAAAUUUUCCACUUGAAAGCAUAUCCUUGAGUUGCUUAGUGUUUAUGUUCUUUUACUAGGUUUGGAUUGAGAAUAAUCCUCAAUUCUUUCUUCUUGCUGCUUAGAUCAGAGUAUAUUACAUAUUGGCAAUAGUAUUACCAAAUCUUGUAAUUUUAUCUUAGCUUUAGGUAAAUGUUGCCAGAAUAUAUCAUGAAAAGUUUGGUUCUCCUAUACUUAUAACUGCUAUUGUGUUAUAUGUCCAGUUAAAUGCAGAGAUUCCUUUAUAA